CAAAAAAGUGAGUCUUUUCUGGGUCCCCAAAACCCAACUCCCACUGCCCAGCCCACAUUCAUGUAGAUGCAGUCUGAGCUCUGCACAGGUUCCUGCUGAUCUGGAGGCCUGGCCCAACUGCCAUGAGUAUAUUCUGUUAGCUCCACCCCCUCACUGUCCCUCACGCCAUCCUUUAUUCCCUGAACUGUGUACCUCCACGCACCAUGAGACCUUUCCUCAUGCAGCCACCUCUUUCUUCACACUUAUAUUCGUUUCUCAAACAUUGAAGUUCUUGUCAAACAUGGGUGCCUGAGCUUUGACAGUAUAGGCAAAAACCCAGCACAAAGCUGGGUGUGGUGGUACACGCCUGAAAUUCUAGCACUUGGGAGGCUGAGACAGGAGGAUCUUUGUAAAUUUGAGACCAGCUUGGGCUACAGAGUGAGCUCAAGUCCAGCCUGAACUACAUAGCAAGACCCUGUCUCAAAAAGACAAAGGGAAAAAAGCACCAUUCUUUUUCUCAAAGGGCUCCAAAUCAGGGAGGGGGCACUUAACCAAUCAUGAGCCACCCAGUGAUGGAGCCUGUCAUCUUUCACAUCAGAAUGUUUGUCUUUGUGGAUUCUGUGUCCGCAUUCCCCCCACUAAAACGUGAGGACAGAGAUGAGGGCCUUAUCUGAGAGCGGAGGGGACCUCAGCUAUUAGCCAAUAAUCUCCCAGAGUUGGCGCUCUUAGGAGUGCAGUAAACAUGGCAACCAGCUCACGCACAAGCAGAGAGGAGUGAAUGUCUCAUAGGAUGGCACAGAAAGAGCCAGGAGGAGGGAAGUUUGAGCAGGGUCUUACAUGGAAAGUGAGGGUCACCAUGAGGCUGGAGCAGUGAAGAGAGGUGGACUCUCCAUAAAUAAGCUGACACGUGAGCAAAAUGGACAGAGAGCUGUAAAGGGUCCACUGAAGCCAACUCCGAAUCUUCAGCGGAUUGAUCUCUGAAGAGGUCAGGCCUGGCCCCAAGACCAGCACUAGCACAGAGGCACAGUAGAGAAUGGACAGCAGGCAGGGAUGACAAUGAGCCCCAGUCCCCCACUUUUCCGCUGCACAGAUGUGACUUUCUGACCACCUCACAGGGAGCCGAGGCCAGCGGAUCCAAAAGAAGUUUGUGGUGAACAUCUUCCAACGGUUGUGUGAAAGACUGAGAACCUUCCUUUGGGGCCCCUGGAUGAUUAUCAGGAACCUGACACAAUCCUGGGUCUUUGAAACCUUCAUCUUCUUCAUCAUCUUUCUCAACAUCAUCAUGCUUAUGGCCCAGACCUUUGCAGAAGUCAAGAUCAGAGACUUCUUCGUCAUGAUCAUGGCCAUGCUGGACUUCGUGCUCAUGCAAAUCAACUCCCUGUUCUCCUUCUACAACCACAGCCUCUUUCGGAUUCUCAAGGUCCUGAAGAUCAUGCGGGCUCUGAGGGCCAUCCGGAUCGUGCGGAGGCUCAGAAUCUUGACCAGCCUCAAAGAAGUGACGGGGACCCUGGUGGGGUCCUUGCUGUCCAUCAUAACUAUCUUCAUCCUCAUAUUUUCCUGCCUUUGUAUCCUGUGCCACGGGGCUGGGACAGGGCUGGGGCAGGGGGCACGGGGCCAGGGGCCCGGAGCCUGGUUUGUUCCUGAGCAGCCAGUGUUCUUCUCUAUGAUCCUGACGCUUUUCCGAACAUCGGAUCCCUGGCGCUUCGAGAACUUCUUCACCACCAUGUUCACCCUCUUCACCGUGCUCACCCUGGAUGACUGGUCCCUCAUCUAUAUGGACAACCGUGCCCAGGGUGCCUGGUACAUCAUCCCCAUUCUCAUGAUUUACAUCUUCAUCCAAAACAUCAUCUUCCUCAACCUGUUGACCGCCGUCCUGGUAGAUAACUUCCAAAUGGCCCUGCUCAGAGACGAAGAGAAAGUGAAACAGCAGAUGACUGCCUGGAUCCAUGAGAAGCUGCUGGAUGACUCGAUGACAGAGCUCGACCAAACAGAGCCCGAGGAGGUGACGAGUGAGGACACCAUGCAGUUCGUGAAGAAGUUCGAGACAAUGACUGACAAGCAGUGGGAGUUGCAGUCCAAGUUCCUGAAGCUGGUGGCCCGGCUGGAGCACCACCAGCAGAAGUUCUCCUCCGGAGCGCGUGUCAUUGAUGAGGUUGUGGACAUCACAUUUGCAGUGAACCAGAGGACUUCAAGAAAGGAGUCCAGAUAGCAGCAUCACAUACAGAUGUGACCUCCACCAAGCUGCCCCCCAAUGGUGGGUUCGGAGAAGACCCCCCAGUUCUAUUGGAUUGUUUGGGCCCUUGCAGGUCUGGGGUCCCAAUAAAGUCUUACGACUCUAGA